GGAAUAAAAAAUCCCCAAAAUCUGGGAAAUAGGCUGGAGCGCUGCCGGGGGUGUGCCGGCAGCGAGCGCGCAUGUGAGCAGCGCCUCGCCCUCCCUUCCUGCGAGCAGCAUCCUCCGCCCGCCCUGCUGGAGGUGAUACAGGCGCAGCAUCCAUGGCCUGCCCCUAGCCGCGCUCCCCGCUCCUUCCUCCUCCUCAUCCUCCUCUCCUCCUCCUCCCGGCCGGGAAGAGCCGAGGCCGGGCGCUGCUGAGCGGGGCUCGCCCUCUCCUGCGUUUUUCCAGGCUCCCCGGCAAUUGAGGAAUGCGCUUCUGCCACCAUGAUGGAAGGACUGAAGAAACGCACCAGGAAGGCCUUUGGCAUACGCAGGAAAGAAAAGGACACGGAUUCCACAGGGUCACCGGACAGGGAUGGCAUCCAGCCCAGCCCUCAUGCCAAUGAUCCAACUUCCAAUAGCAAAGCCGAGGGCACGCGGGAAGGAGGAAAUAAAAACGGGAAGAAAACCAACGGAGCCCCAAAUGGAUUUUAUGCGGAGAUCGACUGGGACAGAUACAACUCACCCGAGCUGGAUGAGGAGGGAUACAGCAUCCGACCCGAGGAACCAGGAUAUAUCCUUUGGUUUUGGCUUUGCCUCUUGGGUUCCAGCCUGCAGCAGGAGCUGGGGUUCGCAGGCAGGCACUGGCUCUUCGCAUGUCAUUGUUGUUAUGUGGGGUGGGAGCACAAACCUGCUCCUCAUGGCUGCUCCUCUGGCCCCAGCAGGAAAGCCGGGGAGGAUCCCGCGGCGCUGGCCCCGCUCUUCGGGCCCCCGCUGGAGUCGGCCUUCGAGGAGCACAAGCUGGACGCUGCUCUGGACCAGCCUGAGAUAUGGGGGUCAGUCCAGCCCAUCAACACAAACGUCGAGUCCCCAAAACUUCCGAGACCUUUUCCAACUGGAACCCCGCCGCCGCUGCCCCCGAAGAACGUCCCGGCCACGCCGCCGCGCACCGGCUCCCCCCUGCCCCCGGCCAUCGGAGGGGACCAGGCAGCAGCAGAGCCCAAACGGGACAACCUCCCGUCCAUCAAUGACUUGGACAGCAUCUUUGGCCCCGUGCCGUCCCCUAAAUCUGCUGCUGCCACGGCGGAAGACAAGUGGGUCAAUUUUUCCGACCAAUCCCCGGAAAACGCAGCUCCGGAAUUGUCACCCCGGCCCAAGGCUCCGUCCCCGGCGGCGGGCGGCCCGGCCGAGCCUCCCCGCCCGCUGCCCUCGCCGCUGGUGCUGCAAGACGCUCCCAAGAAGCUUCCCGAGCAUCCCCACCUUCAGGAUGAUUCCGCCGAGCCCGUCGCCUCUCCCAAAGAUUUCGGGCCGGGUCAAAGAGCCACCCCGCCGCCCCCUCCGCCGCCCACCUACCGCGCGGUGGUCUCGUCCCCCGGACCGGCCAGCGGUUCCUCGUCCCCGGCUCGCCCCGGAACGCCGCUGGCCACCUGUGGCACCCCCCCGCCGCCGCCGCCCCGACCCCCGUCCCGGCCCAAGCUGCCCCCCGGCAAACCCGCCGUCAGCGAUGUGUCCAGGCCUUUUAGCCCUCCCAUCCACUCCUCCAGCCCUCCUCCGGUAGCACCUUUAGCCCGGGCCGAAAGUACUUCUUCCAUAUCUUCCACCAAUUCCCUGAGCGCAGCCACCACUCCCACCGUCGAGAAUGAGCAGCCUUCCCUCGUUUGGUUUGACAGAGGAAAGUUUUAUUUGACUUUCGAAGGCUCGUCACGGGGCCCCAGCCCCCUGACCAUGGGGGCACAGGACACCCUGCCCGUGGCCGCCGCCUUCACCGAGACCGUCAACGCCUACUUCAAAGGGGCUGACCCCAACAAUCUAAUUGUGGUGUCAGGGCACAGGUUGGAUUUGAUGAUGAUCUCAGAGGUCUCUUCCAACCUCGUGAUUCUGGGAUUGUGUGAUUGUGUGAUGUUCCUCUGGGGGUGGGAUGGAGUGCAGCUGUGUAGAACAGCUCUCCUGCCCAGGCAGGUUGUCCAAAAGGCUCCUUCUCCUCCGUGCAGUGACACCGUGCAGAGUGACUCCAACUCCAAGGAGUUCUGGGUCAACAUGCCAAAUCUGAUGACUCACCUAAAGAAGGUAUCGGAACAGAAACCUCAAGCCACCUAUUACAAUGUGGAUAUGCUCAAAUACCAGGUAUCUGCCCAGGGUAUUCAGUCUACUCCAUUAAACCUUGCAGUGAGCUGGCGGUGUGACCCUGCAAGCACUGACCUGCGCAUCGACUACAAAUACAAUACAGAGGCAAUGACCACGCCUGUAGCUCUAAACAACGUCCAGUUCCUCGUCCCCGUCGACGGAGGAGUAACCAAACUGCAAGCUGUGCUUCCUCCUGCUGUCUGGAAUGCCGAACAGCAAAGGAUAUUGUGGAAGAUCCCUGACAUCUCCCAGAAGUCAGAAAACGGAGGUGUGGGCUCGCUGCUGGCGCGCUUCCAGCUGGCCGAGGGGCCGAGCUCGCCGGCGCCGCUGGCCGUGCAGUUCACCAGCGAGGGCAGCACGCUGUCCAGCUGCGACAUCGAGCUGCUGGGCGCCGGCUACCGCUUCUCCCUCGUCAAGAAGAGGUUCGCCGCAGGUAAAUAUUUGGCGGAUAACUGAUGGAACCUUAUGCAAGUCCAUGGAAAACCCUAUGGAAAAUACCCAAGGACUGCUGUGCGUGGAACGGGUUUUAAUCUCAGUUUAAGGAAAAUGAACUAAAUCCUGCACUCGGGACAUUUCUCUUGGAAGUGUCGACAACUUUCAGCAUUUUUUUUUCCUUGGAAAACACCGUCUUGACCAGUCCUCCAGUAUUUCCUUCUAGGUGUAACAUUGUUAAUGGUUUUAAAAUGUAAUUAUUGUAUUUGUAAAUUGUACUCAUUCCAGUAAGGCUGUAAUUUUGGCAGUUAGACACUUGAGUUUUAGCAUUUUCCCAUUCAUGAAAUGGAUGUAAUUUAAACUGUGGUAUAUAAAUCUAAUCGUAGUACUGUUGAAUGGCACAAUGCUUACAGAGGUAGAUUGCAUUUUGUCAAUAUAUACGAUUUCAAUACGAUACUGGUAGCUGUUACGAAGGGGGUGCCUCAUCAAAAGAGAGUUCAGUAGGGCCCACAGGCUGAUUUAAUUUUCCCUCAGUCCUUAGUACGUCUCACAGCGAUCAAUAAAAAGCUCAGCCUUCAGGUUCA